AUGCCUCGUGCGAGGAUAUCUGCCGCUUGUAGUAACUGCCGGCAAAAGAAGAUCAAGUGUGAUGGAAAUCAACCCUACUGUGGUUCCUGUUUACGUAGGAAAGAGCCGAGGUGUGUCUACAAUCGAGGCCAGCCGUCUCGUUCCAAGGCCAGAGCUUUACUUCCUCGUCCCGAAGUAUCACACCAAGAAAACACCACACUGGGGAGAGCUAAUCUAAGCAACUUGGCUAAAAAUGAAGAAUUCUUCGGUGGGAGCAGCGCAUCCUCAUUCACCUCGCAGAUUAAUUCCGCGAUCGACGCUCGGCUUGGCCGGGCCCAACCAAUGGCUCCCGGUUUCAACAGUGUCUGGCCGUCCCGUGGAAAGGGGACGCAGCCGCCUCAAGAUGAUCCAGACGAGAAUCCCUUGGAUUACACUCUACCCAGGAGAGAGUUUGCGGAUGACCUCCUAGAGAACUACUAUGGCCUUGUAUGGGUCAUUGUCCCAAUGCAUGAUUGGGUGUUAUUCCAGGCAGCGUACAGAUACGUUUGGCUUGGCCAACCACUGCCUAUUCCUGAACGCAUCUUUUAUUGCAUGUUGAACUUAACAUUCGCUUUGGGUAGUCAAUUCUCGGGUAUGAUCCAGCCGCGCAAGAGAAGGGAGACUGGGCGAGCGUUUUGGAAGCGGGCUCACGAAUUAUUCGACCCUCGAUUGCACGAUAGCGCAUCAGUAGAAGGAGUUCAGUGUCUUAUCCUAAUGGGACUGUAUCUUCAGACCACAUCUGAGUCACAUCAGUGCUGGAUGACUGUGGGUUCAGCUAUCAGAAUGGCACAGAGUCUUGGUCUUCAUCUUCACCCGUCACCAAGGACAAGUACUACUCGGAGGGAUGGGGAAAUGGCUAGAAGAGUAUGGUUUGGUUGCGUAUAUAUGGAUCGCUCUUUAUCUAUGACAUUUGGCCGACCUAGUAUGAUUGCGGACUGGCAAUGCAACAUGAAGUUCUUACCGUCAAUGAUUGAUGACGAUCUACUUGAUUCUCAAGUCGAACCAAGCGCGAUACGUCCUGACGGGAAAACGACAGCCGUUGCAUUCUUUAUCAAAACUUUGGAACUUUAUAAAAUCGUCAACGACUGUCUUCUUGAGCUUUACAUGAACUCACCGGACAAGUCAACAAAAACGAGCCACACCAUUGUAUCUGUUCUUCAGCUGGACGACCGCCUGGUACAGUGGUCUCGUUCCGUACCAGAUAGAUUGCGAUAUGUGCCCACGUCCAGUUCAGAUGCAUUUAUUUUCCAACGGCAGCGAAUUGUAUUGCGGGCGAGAUACCUCUAUGCUCGGAUCGUGAUACUUCGCCCCAUCUUAUCAGAGUUCUGCUUGAAGCAGGCAAGACCAAAAUGGAACACCGUAUCCGAUUCAAGCCUGAACGAGUGUCUUGUUGAUCGAUGCUCAACUCUUUGUUUCGAGGCAGCACAUGAGAUCAUUGAUAUGAUAUAUUCACACCUUGACCGAGAGACUGUAACUGGGCCCGUACCUGCUUGGUGGCUGGCUGUAUUAUUCGUAUAUACCGCCGCUACAGUGCUACUCGCCGAGCGAAUCAUGCCGAGCGACUCGGACACACAGAUUUGCACACCAUGGCCUGCCAACUCCUCAUGGCACAGAGCAAUUGAAAUACUCAAAGCGUACGCAAAAGUUGGAGAGUCAGCGGAGCGAUGUAUCGCGGCAUUGGAAAUUCUCUUGGAAAAAAUACAAGGGCAGUGCCAGAUUAUUGUGCGGCUAACUCAAAAGGAGGCAUCCAACCCGGACUCAUCUAUUGCGGCACCUGAGGUAUCCUCACAGAGUGAGGCUACGCAAUUUGGGGAUACUGGGCCAUUCAGUUCCUCCCUAGUUGAUCUCGAAGGCAUAGACUUCAACGUUGACGACAUGUUUUGGCUGAAUUGUUCAGUUGCGGACAUUCUCGUUGGAACGUGA